AUGGAGCGGUUUCUUCGUCUUGGCGGGCUAGGCGGGCAGCUGGGAGGCCAGUUUGGCGGAACUGCUCCGGCUGAUUCGAACCAAGUGGACACUUCGGAGACCGUCUACAUUUCGUCGUUGGCUCUGUUGAAAAUGCUGAAGCAUGGCAGGGCUGGCGUGCCGAUGGAGGUCAUGGGUCUGAUGCUCGGCGAGUUUGUAGAUGAAUAUACCGUCAAUGUUAUCGACGUCUUUGCCAUGCCGCAAAGCGGGACCGGAGUCUCCGUCGAAGCUGUCGACCCGGUGUUCCAGGCAAAGAUGUUGGACAUGCUGAAGCAGACCGGGCGACCGGAAAUGGUCGUUGGAUGGUACCACUCCCAUCCCGGAUUCGGAUGCUGGCUUUCUGGCGUCGACGUGAACACUCAGCAAUCUUUUGAGGCGCUUUCAGACCGUGCCGUCGCUGUCGUCAUUGACCCGAUUCAAUCCGUGAAGGGAAAGGUCGUCAUCGACGCCUUUCGCACGAUUAACCCACAAACGAUCGCCCUCAACCAGGAGCCGAGACAGACCACGUCGAACUUGGGCCAUCUCCAAAAGCCCAGCAUCCAGGCCCUCAUCCACGGGCUCAACAGGCAUUACUACUCGAUUCCGAUCGCCUACAAAUCCCAUGAGCGGGAGCAGCAGAUGCUCUUGAACCUGAACAAGCGCUCUUGGAUGGAUGCGCUUGGGUUGGAGAAGUAUGAGGACCAUUGUCAGAAAAAUAAGGGGUCGAUGCAGCGUGUGUUGCGCUUGGCCAAGGAUUAUAAAAAGUCGCUCGAAGAUGAGGACAAGAUGACAGAGCACGAGUUGGUGAUCAAAAACGUUGGAAAACAGGACCCGAAACGGCAUAUGAAAGAUGAGGUUGACCUUAUGCUCGCCGAUAACCUCGUCCAAAGCCUCGCCGCAGCUAUGGACGCCGAAUCGUUCCAC